CAGUUCUCUCCCCGGGGAGCACUUCCGGUGGCGUUUCCUGUGUUUGUAAACUGAGAAAAACUGGAACUCGGACGAGAGAUUAUAAACAGCGAAAUACGAGGGAACCAAAAAGGGCUCUGCUGCCAGAUGAGCGGGGUGGGUGAAUCCUCCUGUCAGAUAGACCAUCCUGAGUGACGGCUCUUCAGGCUGUUCCGUCACCACCCCCCACCCCCACCCCCACGAUUAGGGACCGUGGCGAUGACACACCUACCUAGCAGCUCAGUCCGUGACCACAUGAAAUGGGCGGGUCUGCUGGGCUGUGAAGCGGUUCUGUCCAGCAUGGCUCUCAUGCAGGCUAGCUCCAUGGCUGGGCAGAAGAAGAUGAUGUCACCAUUGAGUCACGGGCAGAGGGACAACAACGAGCGCAGCUCACAGGGUCACAUGAUCCUGCCUUCUGGAAUGAGCUGCCCACCGCUGCUCAUAAGAAAGGAAGGAGAGUUCCACUCCUCUCGGCUGUUGGACGAUAAGGAAAUGAGGGACAGUGACGACAUGCAGCUGAAAAAGAAGAACAGGAAGUCAGGAACUCCCUGCAAAGUGGUGGUGGUGGACGAGAAUGGCGACUGUCCACUCAAAGUGCAGAAGAACUUCAUCUGUGAGCACUGCUACGGUGCCUUCCGCAGCGGCUACCACCUGAAACGACACAUCCUCAUCCACACAGGGGAGAAGCCGUUUGAAUGCAACGUGUGCGACAUGCGGUUUAUUCAGCGUUACCACCUGGAGAGACACAAGCGAGUUCACAGCGGAGCAAAGCUUUGGGAGAAGCCGUUUGCAUGCGACCUGUGCGACAUGCGGUUUAUUCAGCGUUACCACCUGAAGAGACACGAGCGAAUUCACAGCGGAGAGAAGCUUUGGGAGAAGCCGUUUGCGUGCGACUUAUGCGACAUGCGGUUCAUUCAGCGCUACCACCUGGAGAGACACAAGCGUGUUCACAGCGGAGAGAAGCCUUACCAAUGUGAACGUUGUCAGCAGAAUUUCUCCCGGACGGACCGGCUCCUGCGUCACCGGCGGCUGUGUCAGGGGCGGGCCGUCGCCAAAGUGGAGAACCAGUCCUGCUGCGACGUCAGGGCCUACUCCCAGGAACCCCCGCCCACCGCUGCCUGGAGCCCCCUGCACCCUCCCACCGGGCGCCUAGCCGUUUGACAGACCCCCCGCCCCCCACACCCCACUGCCACCCUGGAGCAACACAACACGACCCAGCGUCACAGGCUCACGGUCUGGAGCUCACUGGCGCCAUCGCCAGGCGCAGACUGAAUUUGCAGAUCCGGUUAUGAGCUUCCGGGAGAGACAUUUGAAUGUUUUUUUUUUUUGUUUUUUUUUUUUGUUUUUUUUUUCUCCCUCCCUCCUCCAUUCACCCUAUUUUAGUCAGCUAGUUUCUUGCAGUAGAUGGUGGAGAAUUUUUUUUACUUACUCUAUUUGAUUUAUACUUUUUUUAUUUUGCUAUUCUGAUUUUACCGUUUGUUUUAUUGGUACUGAAAGGUGGGGGGUGGAAGGGUGGGCGGCAACACCAUGGCAACGGCAAAAGCGGAGUAUAUAUACGUGCAUAUAGCAAAACUAUGGAGGGAAAUUAAAUGUAGUUAUAUGUGAAAGAACCCUGUCAGAUUAUGGUAGAGCAGUUAGAGGUUAGUUUUGUAUACCAGCCAUUGGUUGUUGAAUGGUGGGCGAGACAAAAAGCUUUUUUGACACUUGCAAAUGAAGACCAUCCCAUUAACGAAACAGGGCUGUUUUGGUUGGCGGUCAGUCAUGGCCACAAUGCUCUUUAAUGGGAGGGAGUGGAUCCGUUAUCUUGUGUGGUGAGGACACGACUCAUUUAGACUCCAGUGUAGAACAGCACUGAAGACUCAGGACACUGCACCAGGAGGCAGCUUUACCAAUAUAUGUCAAAUGUUUUCUUGUUUUAAUAUAUACAGAAAGACCAACCGAAUAACGUAAGCAAAUACACAAAACCUUGUGGCCUUCAGUCAUGCUCACAGGUGUUUGUAUCAUUUUUUGAGUUUUACUUUAUUUUUAUUUUUUAUGUUAGCUUGUGAAUGUGACUGGCGGUAUUCAGAAGCGGAUUUUAUAAUUCACAAGAUCCUCGCCUGCUGCAUUGCAUUAUAAAGCCUACAGGGGGCAGCAAAGGAUAUUUAGUACCGUCAGUGGUGCAGCCCACAGGGUUGGCACGCCCCUGAGGAGAAACCAGUUACAAGAUUGAAUCACCUGGGAGCGGCGAGAUAAAUAUAGAUUGCUGUUGGGGAAACCACCCGCAGAUCUCUGCAGAACUGUUACAACCGUCUGACUGUGUUAGUGACUAACACUUGUAGCAUUCAAGCCAAAAGGAUAGUGAACAUUAUGACAUAAUCCAGAAUUUAGGUGCAGAUAUUGUGGCCACGGCCAGGAUGUGGUUAGGGCUGCAGUAACCGCUGUAGCAGCCUGUUCUCUGGAGACUUUGCUGCAGUAACCGCUGUAGCAGCCUGUUCUCUGGAGGCUUUGCUGCAGUAACACUGCUGUAGCAGCCUGUUCUCUGGAGGCUUUGCUGCAGUAACACUGCUGUAGCAGCCUGUUCUCUGGAGGCUUUGCUGCAGUAACACUGCUGUAGCAGCCUGUUCUCUGGAGGCUUCACUGCAGCGGCCUAAAGAGCUUUCCGGCAGAGAGGCGGAGAUGCACAGCGGCUCCAAACUGGGCUGUUGGGGCAGGGCUGCAACACACGUAGGCAGGCCGUGGCCUCCACUGACAGUUUUAACAUUUACAGCCGCCUUUCCCAUCAAUCUGGAAACGAUGAAAUGCAUUUGUGAAAUCGUGACCAGCAGUUGGUGGCCAACGGCGUUUUCAGUUUGACAACGUGCUACGCAACAGGCGACCUAGGGGGACAGCGAGCGGGGGACUGCAUUCGCCGCACACCCCCACCCCCACUCCCGACGCAUCGAAGCAUCCCUGUCCGCCAAUCUCAAGGACCUUUUUUUAUUCGUAUAUUCUUAAAACACUGGAGCGAUAAAAAGCUGGAGCUGAUAAUGGAUGUAUUGUUUUUAAACAGCUAUAAUUUUUUAGUCCAUUGAAAGAGAGGGACAUAACCUUGCUUUAAAAUUGUGAAAAAAAGAAACAAAUGACCAGUACUUGGAUUAGUAUUGUUUUGAGAAAUCAGAUUGUCUUGUAUUUAAAUAUUCUUAGGGACCUAGAGUACCUCAGAAGAUUGCAGUGUUUUAACACUGUUCUUACCCCUUCUUACCCCUAAAGCUGUAGUGAAUAAUCUUAAUAGGAAUACUAGAAGAACAACUGUGUCUAGAGUAGCAAUCACAGAUUAGAGUUUUUAAUAGUCUUGCAUGCAGAUCUGUGAUCCUUGGAUUAACUAAAAGGAUCAUAUAUUAAUUAUUUGUGUAGGUAUGAAGAUUCUUUUGUGUUAACUUUUUUAUUUUUAUUGUUAUCAGCAUUAUUGUUGAAAUGGGCAAACUAAUAUUUACCCUCAUGAUCCAGUUAGUGACAAUGAUAUGGAGUGAAGAGCAGGGCUUUCAUGAAGCUGAAAUAAACAACUUUUUAAAAAGA